GUCAGUUUCGCAGUUGCCUUUUGCCUCCAGAACGUUCCAAACGCAUAAAGUAGUCUCGUUGUGUCUCGUAGUUUGAUGUGCUUGUGAGAAAAAAAAGGUAAGCGUGAGGCCCAGCAUCAGGAAGAAGGAAGAUCCCAACUACGCCAUAUUCCAUAAGCAGCAGCUUGCUACUAAAAACUUUUAGCCUUGGGGGAUUGCUGCAAGCUGGUUCAAAACAAACGUUGAACUGAAAUUUUUGAAAGAAAGAAAAUGGCCACCCCAAUGGGAUAUGGGACGUUGUUGGAAUGUCCGUACAAUAAAUCGCAUCGGGUUCAGGCCACGGCCAUGGCCAGACAUUUGUUCAAGUGCCGGAAGAUGCAUCCGAACAUAGAAUUUGUGACUUGCCCGUUCAAUCAUGCCCACAAGGUGGCGGAGCCCGAGCUUAAAAUGCACACAGCCACCUGCGAGGACAGGGCCAACUUCGAUAUGUACAAAUACUGCAUUACGACGGCUGCGGCAACGCAUACUUCGUCCGAAGCGCAGGAACCGGAACUGGUUUACAAUACGGAAGAUCCGAUUGCCCCUCAAAAAGUGCAUGACGACGAUGACGAGUGUUGGGACGAUUUGCGAAUCCCUGCUUAUAACCCUCAGGAAUACUGCGCCCAGGCUAAGAUUAUACGAAAGGCCACUCUGAAGACACCGGCCGAAAAGCGCGCUUUCUACGAACAGGAAAUGAAGCGCCACAAAGAGCUGGAGAUUAAAAUUAAGCAGGAAAAGGGGGAAGACAUUGACGAACCCAGUAGUAGUAGUAGUAGAAAUGGGGACCGGAAGCGUCGUUCUCGGUCACGGUCUCCGGUUCGUUCGCGGAGGCGUUCUCGUUCGCCGCUUCCACUCCGGGAGCGGUCCACCGAAUCUCGUCGCGCCAGAAGACGUUCCCGGUCGUCUUCUCGGGGGUCGCGUUCGAUCAAACGGCGCUCGCCUUCGCCUUCCAUUGUUCGUUCGCGUCGUUCUCGGUCCAACUCCCGGAAAUCGCGCUCUUUGUCCCCGGUUCGCGAUCGUAAAAGGCGCCGUUCUCCAUCGGCGGAACGUCUUCGAGUGAUGCGUUCGCCUUCCGUUGAAAGAAUUCCCUUAAGGCGUUCCCCGUCCCCAGUGGACUAUCGUCGUGCCGUUCCGCGAUACCCAGAAUACAUGCGGUACGAUGAACGGGAUCGUUAUGCCCGGUAUGCUUACGAUCGUUACGACUACCCAAUGCGACCAGAGCGCUAUGACCGAUACGAUGCUUACGUUCGUUAUCCCCAUUACGACUAUUCCGGUCGCUAUCCGACGCGAAUCGAACGGGAAACUCGACGGCCAGUCUCCAGAGAUCGAGACGACGAAGAGUACAUCUACCGCAGAGACUUUAGAGACUAGAUUUUAAAAUGUUUUUGUACCUUUAAGUUGCUGAUCAAUCGUGACCUACACAUUUUAGUUUCGUUUUUUCGUAUUUUAGUGAUGUAAGCUAUAGUUUUACCAGACAAAAGGGCAUUAUUGCCACACUUAUCGUGUAAAUGUAAGAAUUUUCUCUGCUUAAGAGGGUUGUACCUCUGUACCACAGUGAAUGUAUAUGAUCCCCUAGUAAUUAGUGGUCGAUUCGAUGAAUAAAAUGUUGCAUGCUAAA